AUGGAGAUGGUUAAGCAAUUACCGAAAGAAGAGUAUGAGUUUUUUAUGAAACUGGUAAAAUACAUGCAAGCACCUCUUCCUCCUUCAAUCAAAACAAUAUGCGAUGAAUUCGUAAUAAACUACGAUGAUGGUACUAUGGAGAUCCCUCCUCAAAAACUUCACAUGAAAAUUGGUGGGAGAGGGGAGAGAUUCUUAGGGAUAUUACAGUUAGAAUUCUUGAUACUCU